GUCGCCCGAGAGAGGGACGCGGAGUCGCAGGCAUGGUGGCGGGCGCGCUCGGGAUCGCGGUGUUGUUGGCGGGGCUCUGCGCGGCUCGGGCGCAGGAAUCCUGCACGCUUCCAGACAGCGUUCAGUAUGCAGAGCUCACGGAGGACUUCAGCACAAUGAGCAGCUUUCCUGUUGGAACCACUGUGACGUACACCUGUCGCCCUGGCUAUAUGAGGAUCCCUGGGAUGCCUGUUAAUCGAACGUGUGGCGAAAACUUGACGUGGUCACAAAUAGAGACGUUCUGUACAGCAAAAAGAUGUAUUCAUCCUGGAGAAUUAGAAUAUGGCUUUGUUAAUGUGACAGAUCUUACAUUUGGUUCAGCAGCUACUUUUUCUUGUGAAAAAGGGUACAGGUUAUAUGGAAAUAGUCAAAUUUCCUGUGUAAUUAAAGAUAAAGGUGUUGACUGGAAUGGAGAACUUCCUGUCUGUGACAAGGUUCCUUGUGCUCCUCCUCCAAGUAUAGCCAACGGGCACUACACUGAAGCAGACAACUAUGUUUAUCAAACAGCAGUAACCUAUAGCUGUAAUGAUGUCCAGAAAGGAGAAGAUCCCUUCUCGCUGGUUGGUUCACCUUCUAUUUUCUGCACAGUUGAUGAGAACUCAAAUGGUGUUUGGAGUGGACCACCUCCACAAUGUAAAGUGGUCAUCUGUGAAAACCCAGAUGUAGAAAAUGGAAGAAAAUUAUCUGGGUUUGCAUCUCACUAUACCUAUGGGAGCACAGUUAUGUUUGAAUGUGAUCCAGACUAUGUCUUGUUUGGGAACGAUGUAAUUACUUGUCAAGAAAAUAGCACCUGGUAUCCAUCAAUACCAACUUGUAAAAAAAUUAGUGAAGAUUCGUGUGGUGCCCCAAAGAUCUCCCAUGGAGAAGUGGUUCCACCAAAAUCUGUGUACUUAAGAGGAGAGUCUGUUCAGAUAAGGUGCAUUCCUCACUGUGCUUUUCCUGAUGGUGGUACAGAGGUCACAGUAAUGUGCCAAGGACAAAACACGUGGAGUUCUGAACCAAACUGUGCAUGUGGUCCUGAACCUUCUGAUUCCUCUCCAGUCAUCAGCCAUGGUAGAAUAAUUGAAGGGAAAAAAUCUGUGUAUUCCAUAGGGGAUUCAGUUACAAUUGAAUGUUAUGCAGGCUACACAUUGCAUGGUGCAGCUCGUAUUGAGUAUAUUGGAGAAGGCAGAUGGAGUCCAGAAGUGCCAAUCUGCAAGUUAAGUGCUUAUAUCAUUGCCAUCAUCUGUGUGAUCGUGGCAGUUCUGGUGUUUCUGGCAGCCUUCUGGAUCUUUAAGAAAUUCAUUUCACAGGAAGGGAAGAGUGACAGCACUCCACAUACUGCCAAAUACACGAGCUGUAAAGCAUGAAUGACUCUUUCUGAGGGUGGGAGGGAAUUUGCAGUUGGAUGUGCCUAUCAGAAACGAAAAUGAGCGCGCUUAUUCGCCUACGGAAACCUAACAUACCUCACCCUGUGCUUUAUGCUAUUGGUUAACUGUAAUAGGGAAUAGGAGGAUAAAAAAAAAGAUCAGAAUUGUCUGCUGUUUUGCUCUGGGUCAUUCACUGUCUCCUCUGUGUAUCUAAAAUGGACUUAGAGGCUCUUCCUGCAGCACACAUCGCUGUCUGUCGGCCGGAGCACUUACAGAAGAUGGUCCAAUGUUAGCACUCAAUUUCUCAAUCGCUUUUGCAGUUGAGGUGGUGUAAAUGUCAUCUCUAAUGUUCUGAAAUGUUUCAAGUCUUUGUUCUUCUUAAAGAGGUUGGUGCAAUGUGAGGCUGCGUCUGUUUGAAAUAGUUGCAAUUUAGAUCUUGUAUCUGCUGCUUUCUUGUUUGCCAAAGUUGAUUCUGUAUAUCUGAUGAAUUAAAAUGUGCCUUUGAAUCAGAGUUUUGGCUUUUAUAAUGCCUUCAGGAAGGAAAAAAAGACCUUUGGUAUAAUCCCAAGGGAGCUGUAGUGGUCUUGUUGCACUGGGGAAGUGAAGGUUUCCCUAGCAGGGGUAUCUCCUGCGUUUGUAUUUAUUGGCCUGUUGGCAGAAGGAAAUCAACCAAAACCUGCUGAGAAUCUGUGUGCCCAUCCUUGGGAUGUCUGAUGUUAUUAUGAUUUUUACUUUGAAUCUUGAUGUCCGUUUCAGAGACAGUUAUGUUGCUUUUCAGAAUGAAAUGCUUCCAUAUGAGUUUAGCUGAGCUGAGCGAGGACGGGUCUUGGCUUUGUGGGUUUGCUGCCAACAUGCAGGCAGCUUCUAUGCGCCCGUUUUCCCAGAAGGAGCAAGUCACCUGGCAUCAGGUGGCUGAGGCAUUGACUGGGCUGGAUUGGCACAGCUAUUGGGAACGGGUUGUUUCAACAGCACAGAAUUAGUUGGGGUUUCGUUGGGAUGUUCCCAGCGGUUGUUUUUGAGCGCUCCUAAUGGCCUCCAGUCCUGAAGAAGGGGUUCUGGCUGUGCAGAAGUGCUUGCUGUUCACAGCCUCUCCAAUAGCUGAUGCUUAGUUUGCCAAUUGCUUGUAAAUACUGUGAAAAUAUAAUGUACUGAGAAUUGAGUGUUGCUCAUUAGCUGGCUUGUGUGUGGCAUUUCCAAUAUCUCGCAAUAUACUGAAAUAGACCGAAAGCUUGAGUGAAAUGACUGUAUAAAUUUGGCUUUAUUUUUAUAUUUUUAUGAAUGUAAAGAUGAGUGGUGGCUUGUAUUAUUAUAAAUAAAGAUAUUAUGUGGCAGUAA